AGUAGAUAGUAAGUUUAGCAUUUGUAAGAAGGUAACCGUAGAACGAUCGUGUAUCGAAUUAUUUUCAGUGCAUAUGAACAUUCAACACCGAGGGCAGAUAAAUAGAUACGUUUAAACUGUUUGCUAAAACUAUUCCAAAAUGUCCGACGAUCUUUGUUGCACCUACCUCAUCGUUGGCGGCGGAAUAGCGGGUGUAACGUGCGCGGAAACGUUGGCCUUACUCCGCACAAAUCCAACCGAGCGCAUCCUGCUCCUCAACGAAUCAUCCCUCGUGAAAGCUGUCACCAACGUCGUACCCCUGGGGAAGGUGUUGAAUCGCUUCGAUGUUGAGGAAAAAGACGCCCAAGAGCUAACGACGAACAGUCAGGUCGAUGUGCUGCUGGACCAACUGGAUACGAUCGUAAGCGAACACCACUACGUGCGAACGGUUGCCGGAAGGUGCAUCAAAUAUCGUUUCCUGUGCCUCUGCACCGGUGCCCGGCCGAACAUCAUCGAUAAGGCGAAGGGAAACCCGAACGUGAUUGGGAUACGUGACACGGAAUCGGUGCAGCAGUUUCAAAAGCGAAUCCACACGGCUAGCCGAUUGGUGGUGGUUGGAAACGGUGGCAUUGCUUCGGAGUUGGUGUAUGAGGUCGGCGGCAUGGAGGAGAUUCAUUGGGUGAUAAAGGACGCGUACAUCAGUUCGACGUUCGUGGAUUCUGGUGCGGCAACAUUCUUUCGCGAAAGAUUGGGAAAGAAGGACAAGGAUGAAGGCGCAAAGCCCAUCUACAAGAGGAUGCGUUAUGUGGAGGAAAAAAAUGAAGAAGAAGCUGCAACCAUUGGAGAUGCGGAUUCCAGCUGCGUUGCCGGUAAUAAACGUGGGGCUGCAUUAGGUCCCGACUGGCACCGAGCGUUCGAUAUUCGGAAGCACGGAGAAAAUUUCCCUAACACCGGCAAAGUGACCGUCCACCAUUCCGUUGAGAUCGAAGCAAUCAACGAUCGCAGCAAUGGAGAAAAGUUUCCUCUUCUCGUAAGGCUUACCGAUGGUACGGAAAUCGAGUGCGAUUUAGUAGUGUCUGCCACGGGCGUUGUACCCGCCAUUAGCUGGGAGGGUGGAUGUGAUUGUCCGUUUAAGCUCGGCCCCGAUGGAGGACUGUUCGUCGAUUGGUCGAUGCGAACGUCGGUGAAAGAUGUGUACGCUGCGGGAGACGUUUGCUACGCCGGCUGGGAGCAUGCACCGCACUGGUUUCAGAUGCGCCUCUGGACACAAGCUCGUCAGAUGGGAGCGAUGGCGGCGCGUAGUAUGGCUGCCCGGCGGGCCGGUGAAGAGAUAUAUCAGGAUUUUUGCUUCGAAAUGUUUAACCACGUGACUACGCUGUUUGGCUACCAGGUGGUACUCUUGGGGCGCUAUAAUGGGCAAGGUUUGAACGACAAGUACGAAGUGCUGCUCCGAAUGACGCCAGGACUUGAGUACAUCAAAUUUGUACUGGUUAAUGGUCGACUGCAGGGUGCCCUGCUGGUCGGCGAAACAGGAUUAGAAGAAACGUGUGAAAAUUUAAUCUUGAAUCAGUUAGACCUUUCCCCGUACGGAGAGGAACUGCUGAAUCCGGAUAUCGAUAUUGAAGACUACUUUGAUUGAUCGUGUGUUUUUGUGGUUUUGUAGCGAAAUGAAAAUGAUGAGAAUACAUUAAAUACACAAACCGAGGUACUA